AUGAGGAUCGUUAAAUGUAAGGCGUGCGCGCAGCAGAAAGCUCGAACAAUAGAGCGCUGCUUCCUUCCAGCUGCCCGCUUCGCCUCGACCAGACCCCUUGCAAGAUGGACAAACUCCUCCGGACACCCGUCUGUGGGAGGACCCCGGCGCAGCAAUGGCCCGCCCAGCCGGCACGGCUCGGGGAGGCCGGACAUCGGGGUGCUGCCUCUCUCCCUGAUGCCGGCCAUGGUCCUCCUCCUCCUCGGCCCCACCGGCACCACCUCCGAGCCCGCACUGUUGCCAUUCCCAGAAAUACGUCUUGCCAACGGACCCAGCCGGUGUCAGGGGCGAGUGGAGAUCCUCUACAAUGGUUCCUGGGGGACGGUCUGCGACGACGACUGGGACAUCGUGGAUGCCAACGUGGUGUGUCGCCAGCUGGGCUGCGGCCAUGCCAUCACCCUCCCGGCCGCCAUGACCUUCGGCCAAGGGAGCGGACCCAUCUUCCUGGACAACGUGGACUGCAAGGGCCGGGAAGAAGCCUUGAGUGAGUGCUGGAGCCACGGCUGGGGCAUCCACAACUGCUACCACUACGAGGACGUGGCUGUCGUAUGCAACGAGUUCUCGCCCACGCAAGCCAGCGAAGGACCGACGAGCAGGACCCUCACAGCCCCGGUACAGGAUGGGGAAAGUGACGGCAGCAUCCGUCUGGUGAGCGGGACCGACACCUGCAAAGGCCGGGUGGAAAUCUUCUAUCACGGGAACUGGGGCACCGUCUGUGACGACGACUGGGACCUUAGCGAUGCCAGCGUGGUGUGCAAGCAGGUGGGCUGCGGCCAAGCCCUGGAUUACAAGAGCAAUGCCUAUUUUGGUUACGGCACGGGGCGCAUCCUCCUGGACAACGUCAACUGCGACGGCAGCGAGCCCUUCCUCUCCGCCUGCUCCAGCCUCGGCUGGGGCAUCCAUAACUGCGGCCACCACGAGGAUGCUGGGGUCAUCUGCACAGGGCCGGACACAUCCACCGUCACAUCCUUCACCCCCUCGGUGGCCCUGGAUUACGAAGAGCCGCUCACUGCCACGGCCACAGUGACAGACGGCCAGGACCAGCCCUCCCAGGCCACCGAGGUGGUCACCACUGGCCUCCUUACUGUCGAGCAGGCAA